AUGGAAACAAAGCCCUUUUACAGAGCAGCGUUGCUGUAUGCGUUUUGUCAGCAGAGGGGUGGCCUACCAUCGGCGGGAAGAGCGAAGAGGUCAGGGCCGUUGGAUUGGACCGCCAUCGUACGGUGUCGCUGUUUCAGAAUCCUUGGGGCCAAUGCCUGUGUGGAGCAUACCGAUCAACAAGCAUCUAACUGGACGAUCCAUGUUUCAGAUGUAAGAACAGUCAAGGUUAGUAACAUAUCACUGGCAACUUCUGUGAAGGAUAUAAGAGAUUUCUUUUCAUUUUCGGGCGACAUUCAAUAUAUUGAGAUGAUAAGGGAAAGUGAGAUCACUCAAGUUUCAUAUGUUACCUUUAAGGAAUCAAAGGGAGCAGACACAGCAGUACUGUUGACGGGAGCCAACAUAGGUGAUCACUGUGUCAACAUCACACCCGUUGAGAACUACCUGCUGCCUCCUGAAGCCCUUCCUUCAGGACCAGAGAAAAAGCCAACUCCUGCGGCAGUUAAGAAGGCAGAAGAUGUGGUAAGUACCAUGCUCGCGAAGGGUUUCAUUCUAGGAAAGGAUGCAAUCAACAGGGCAAAAUCCUUUGAUGAACGUCAUCGUUUGACGUCAAAUGCUUCCGCCACGGUAGCUUCCAUUGAUCAUAAAAUGGGUUUAAGUGAUAAACUAAGCAUUGGAACAGCCAUACUGAAUGAGAUAGUCAAAGAGAUGAAUGACAAACUUCUAGUCACCGAAAUGACCAAGUCUGCUCUCGCUGCUGCUGAGCAGAAAAUGAGUAGCGCUCGAUCCGCUAUCAUGAGCAAUCCUUACUUGUUAACCGGUGCUUCAUGGCUGUCAAGUGCCUAUACCAUAGUUGCUAAUGCAGUUGGAAAUGUCAGCAUGAUGACCAAGGAGAAGGUUGAACAGGCUGAGAUGGAAAAAGAGAUCAUUUUCAAGGAAAAUGCAGGGUUCCUUGAUAAGUUUGGGAGGAUGCACUUUGAUGGAACUUCAGCUGCGGGCCUUCCUUUGUUUUCUGUCCAUUCAGGCAAUGUCCAUAUGUGAUUGCAACUCACUCACAAUGAUCCCUCACGGAACAUAUCCUUGUCACCAAUGCGGUUAGAUUGAUUAUUAAUCUUUAUUAGUUACAGCCAAAGUUGAUGCGACUUUGUUGAGCCGACGAAUCUGUCAAUGUUGAAUCUAAUAAUGAUGUAAAAUUGUCUGACAGACUUAAUCAAUUCUUAAGUAUACAUCAGCAAUUUACGGAAAAGAUUCAUUAUUAUUUGUCGACAUUUUA